UUCUUACAUCUAGUCUGUGUAGAAAUUAAGGAAAAGCGAACUAUUUUACGCACAGUUUUCAUACUUGAAUAAGUUCAAGACCGUCGCAGGGACGCGGAAGUUUGUACAUCGAAUCAGUUUUGUAUUCGCGCAACAAAUUGGCAAGCAUCUUUUCCGUGUGAAAGAUUAUGUUGGCUCUUUUUGUUAGAGCAACACUUGUCGAUCGAUUUUCAAUUGCUACCAUAUUAGGACCGAUUGCCCGAAAUUCAUUACCAGGAAGGAAUUUCGCGACAACCGAAACGAAGAUGUUCGAAGCCGAGAAGCAGAAAUUUUUGACGAUGCCGGCGCAAGAGAAACGAAAAUUCUAUAAAGGUAACGUCACCACGUUGGAUCAGAUUCCGACGUUGCAGGACUACUUCAAUGAAAACAAGGCGAGGCUCAUCGACAAAGACAACAAGGUCAAGAAAGUCGAAGAAAUAGCGAAAAAAGUGUCCAUAUGGAGCGGUGAUAUUACUUCCUUGGAGAUCGAUGCCAUCGUAAAUGCAGCAAACUCGAGUCUUCUCGGUGGUGGUGGGGUCGACGGAGCUAUUCACAGAUCUGCAGGAGCAAAUUUGAAGCGUGAAUGUGCUACUUUGAAAGGAUGUAAAGUUGGAGAAGCUAAGAUAACGGGGGGUUACAUGUUGCCUGCUAAAUAUGUCAUUCAUACCGUCGGUCCGCAAGGAUCGGGUAAAGAUAAGUUGACAGCGUGUUAUCGAAAUAGCUUGGCCUUAGCCAAAGAGAACGGAUUGCGCUCGAUAGCUUUCCCAUGCAUAUCGACAGGGAUCUACGGGUAUCCUCAAGGACCAGCCGCGGAAACAGCUAUGACCACCGUCAAAGAAUUCCUAGAAAAGCACGGCGAUACCAUGGACAGAGUUAUCUUUUGCACGUUCCUGAAAACCGACAGAGACCUGUACGAGGAAUUGGCAACGAUGUAUUUGUCGAACUCAUAAGGAGUAUUUUUUCAGAUUGAAUAAAAACUGAGCAUUGUAAAACUGUAUGAAAGUGUGGAUGAAAUAAUAUUCUUAAAAAAUA